AUGGGUCAAAAUGGGCAGGCGGCGAUACAGCCUGACGUUCUGGAUGAUAUAAUCUCGCGGUUGAGGAACGGCAGGAAUGCAAGGCAUGUCCACCUCUCUGAACAUGAGAUUCGCUCUCUCUGCACCGCUUCCAGACAAAUCUUCCUUCACCAGCCCAAUCUUCUCGAGCUCGAAGCUCCCAUCAAGAUCUGCGGUGAUAUUCAUGGGCAAUACGGAGAUCUGUUGAGGCUUUUUGGGUAUGGAGGGUUCCCUCCCGAGGCCAAUUAUUUGUUUUUAGGGGACUAUGUGGACCGGGGCAAGCAGAGUUUGGAAACAAUAUGCCUUUUACUUGCAUACAAGAUCAAAUACCCAGAAAACUUUUUCCUUCUAAGAGGGAACCAUGAGUGUGGUUCCAUCAACCGGAUAUAUGGGUUCUACGAUGAAUGUAAGAGCAGGUUUAACGUGAAGCUGUGGAAAACUUUUACUGAUUGCUUCAAUUGUCUCCCCGUGGCUGCUCUCAUAGACGACAAGAUACUGUGUAUGCAUGGUGGUCUUUCCCCGGACCUGGGAAAUUUAGAUCAGAUUAGGAAGUUACCUCGUCCCACAGAUGUUCCAGACUCCGGUUUGCUUUCUGAUUUGCUUUGGUCGGAUCCUAGUAGGGAAGUUAGAGGUUGGGGAAUGAAUGAUAGGGGGGUUUCAUACACUUUUGGUCCUGAUAAGGUUGCAGAAUUCUUGAUGCGCCAUGAUAUGGACCUUGUGUGUCGUGCACACCAGGUUGUGGAAGAUGGGUAUGAAUUUUUUGCUGAUAGGCAGCUAGUAACAAUAUUUUCUGCUCCCAACUACUGUGGCGAAUUUGAUAAUGCUGGUGCAAUGAUGAGUGUUGAUGAAGAUCUAAUUUGCUCCUUUCAAAUUCUUAGGCCAAACAGAUAGAAGGCCCGCCUGGUUUCCAAAUCAAUUGGCUUCUUCUUCCAAAUGAACACUACAUACAUUCUCUCAUGUAUUUUGGAUUGUGAAAUUUUUUACCCUUCCAAUUGCCCAGGUUCAACAUCUCCA